CUGAGCGGACACACACCCACCCACCCACACACACACACACACACACACAGACCUCAGGACGGACCUCAACUCAGCGUGACUGGACAUGAACACCGUGAAGAUGUUGGCGCUGCCUCUUCUCAUCACUCUGAUGCUCAGUCCUGUCUGUCUGUCAGUGUCAGUGAGCAGCAGUAAACCUAAAGUGGAGGUCCACGAGCACACAGAUGCUGUACUCACCUGCGAGUUCAGGACGGAGAAAGAUCAGAACCCACGAAUCGAGUGGAAGAAGAAAGGAAAGGGGGUGACGUUUGUGUACUUUAAUCACAAGUUUACUGGGUCUUACACAGGACGGGCAAAGAUAGAAGGAGCAACGCUGACGAUACACUCCGUUACUCAGAAAGACUCAGGAGAAUACCGCUGUGAGGUGACUGCCAGCGAGGACCAUGUCAACCUCGGAGAGGCUACUGUGACCCUCAAUGUGCUCGUGCCUCCGCACAUCCCGUCCUGCGAGGUGCCGAGCUCUGUGUUUGUGGGCUCUGGCCUGGAGCUGCACUGUAAGGACAAACUCAGUGUGCCUCCUGCUACCUACCGCUGGUACAAAGACAACAGGGCUCUGACCACCUCAGUCGAUACACCAUACAGCGUCGACACAAACAAGGGCACACUGAAGUUUAGGAGCGUGUCCAAAACAGACGCAGGGAUGUACCGCUGUGAGUCCUCCAACAGCGUGGGGGCGCCCAAAAGCUGUGUGGCCAAACAACUCAAAGUUCUUGAGUAUCCUGUGAAUUUGACGAUUCUGAUAGCAGGCGCUGCAGGUUUUCUGGCGCUCGUCCUUUUCUGCUGCAUCUGUGUGUGUGUCUGCCGACGCCGAGGCUGCUGCAAGAAGGACAAGAAAACUAAAAGCACCAAGUCCUACAGCCCUCCUCCCCCUCCUCCUCCGCCCGUCCGCAACAUCAAGCACUACAAACAAACUCACUCCUUCAUGAUCUGAGGCUGAAACGCUCGCACGCUUUGACUCCAAACCAACCACAACCGGUGAAGUGAACACUUAUUGUUCAACACACUGGAAGGUUACUUGACCAUCGUCUUGUUUCACUGCUUUAUGGGACGGACAGAUCUUCAACUGUUCAGCAAAAACAAAAGACUAUAAACACUGGCAUUUAUGCGUUGAUACUACAAACGUACAGUACUGUAAAUAUAGGAUUAGACUUGGCUCUUUCAAAUGCUGUAACUUGUGUUUCAUAUUAUAUUUUCCUUGUGUGUCAAAAUCUUGUUUUUAAAUCUUUCUUUCCACCUCUUUAGACUUUAGGUGCCACAUUCACACUCCAAGUAUUAGCUCUCUUAUGCCACCUAUAGGCAACUAACUGUUACUCACCAGCACUGAGUAUGAAACAUACUGUACAGAGUGUAUCCUUUUGCCUUUCAUUUAUAUUUAGACAAAGAGAUGCUGUUUAAUAUGAAUAUAUUUGUGUUAUAUAUAUAUACAUAUAUAUAUUUUUAAAUACAUGUUUGCAUGUUGAUCUCAUAACUGUGUAUUCUUUGGUUGUAUAAAUUCAAGUAAUGUGAAUUGAACGGGUGUCUGCACACACUGAAUGGUGCUUUUGAAGCUUUGUAAAAUCUUUGAUACUGUUUUGAUAAGUCGCUUGUUCAAUAAAAGAUUAAA